GAUACCAUGUGCGACGAAGACGAGACCACCGCCCUCGUGUGCGACAAUGGCUCCGGCCUGGUGAAAGCCGGCUUUGCCGGCGAUGACGCCCCUAGGGCCGUGUUCCCGUCCAUCGUGGGCCGCCCCCGUCAUCAGGGCGUCAUGGUGGGCAUGGGCCAGAAAGACUCCUACGUGGGCGACGAAGCGCAGAGCAAGCGUGGUAUCCUGACACUCAAGUACCCCAUCGAGCACGGCAUCAUCACCAACUGGGACGACAUGGAGAAGAUCUGGCACCACACCUUCUACAACGAGCUCCGCGUGGCCCCCGAGGAGCACCCCACCCUGCUCACCGAGGCCCCCCUCAACCCCAAGGCCAACCGCGAGAAGAUGACCCAGAUCAUGUUUGAGACCUUCAACGUGCCCGCCAUGUACGUGGCCAUCCAGGCCGUGCUGUCCCUCUACGCCUCCGGCCGUACCACCGGCAUCGUGCUCGACUCUGGCGACGGCGUCACCCACAACGUGCCCAUCUAUGAGGGCUACGCCCUGCCGCACGCUAUCAUGCGUUUGGAUCUGGCCGGGCGCGACCUCACUGACUACCUGAUGAAGAUCCUCACCGAGCGCGGCUACUCCUUCGUGACCACAGCUGAGCGCGAGAUCGUGCGCGACAUCAAGGAGAAGCUGUGCUACGUGGCCCUGGACUUCGAGAACGAAAUGGCGACUGCUGCCUCCUCCUCCUCCCUGGAGAAGAGCUACGAGCUGCCUGAUGGGCAGGUCAUCACUAUUGGCAACGAGCGCUUCCGCUGCCCGGAGACGCUCUUCCAGCCCUCCUUCAUCGGCAUGGAGUCGGCCGGCAUCCAUGAGACCACCUACAACAGCAUCAUGAAGUGCGACAUCGACAUUAGGAAGGACCUGUACGCCAACAACGUCAUGUCUGGCGGCACCACUAUGUACCCUGGGAUCGCUGACCGUAUGCAGAAGGAGAUCACCGCGCUGGCGCCCAGCACCAUGAAGAUUAAGAUCAUCGCCCCGCCAGAACGCAAGUACUCCGUCUGGAUCGGCGGCUCCAUCCUGGCCUCGCUGUCCACCUUCCAGCAGAUGUGGAUCACCAAGCAGGAGUACGACGAGGCCGGCCCCUCCAUUGUCCACCGCAAAUGCUUCUAAACACAAUUACACCUUCUAUGUGCGAAUUCUUCUCAGGAUGACAAAUCUGCUAAAGUUUCAGGUGGCUGAACUCGAGCUACAGCCAAGUACCUUUUUCUCAUAACAACUUCCGUUACUAUUGCUGCAAACUGACACAGUGUUUAUAAAGUGUACAUACAUUAAUUUAUUUUACCUCAUUUUGUUAUUUUUAAAACAAAGCCCUGUGGAAGGAAAUGGAAAACUUGAAGAAGCAUUAAACUCAGUCAUUCUGUUAUGCUGCGU